UGAGUCGUUUGAUCGGUCGUGUCUAUGUUUGUUCCUCCGUGAAAUCAGGACACUGAUAACGUUGAUGUCAGACAUCGCCUUGAUUGCAACUACUAGACAAGCGAUGAGGAUGUUCCCACCACAAGCAGCUUUCAGUUAUAUAUUCACCAACAAAUCCCACAGAGUAGGGAAUAGUGUUUACAAUACUAUAGAUCUAUACGGCAAUUUCAACUUCUCAGGGCAUGGUGCGUUUGCUUUUUACAAGGUCUUUAUGAGUACGAAGUGGAAAUUGAAUUUAAAUGGCGCUACUGACAGUCAGGCAAAACAAGUAUGUUAUCACUCUAUGUUUGGAACCUACAAGGAAGAUUUAGGAAUUCUAUCGCAAAUAACUAAUCAAGCAACAUGGGAUACAAGAGAAGAAUUAGAUCGCAUUUUCCAAAAGGCAAAUACUACUGGCACCUCAAUCACAUUUGAGCCGGUCAAACAGAAAUUUUAUUCUAAGAUGUCUCAGGCAAAUCAGACUGCACUGUUAACAUCAUCAUAUAGUCAGCUCUCAUCUAUACCCUGCUUCAGUGGCAAAACUAAAAGGAAAUUUUCCGACGCAUUCUUUGAUCACUUAAUGAGUGAGAAAAGCAAAGCUAGUGGUGGUAGGUCCUUGCAAUCCUUGAUGAGUAGCUACACAACCCUCCGUGAUAAGCUGCGCAAACUAUUGGAGAAGAAUCAAGGAACGUUGGAUGCAGGAACUACUGGAUGGAGGCGUAUAGAGGACGUUACACCCACUCUGGAGGGACAAGAAGACACUGACAUGGUCAUACAAGCCACUGGAAGAUUCUUUUUGGGAAAGUGUACGAGUCCCGCUUCAUUCAGAGUGAGAUGCAGUCGUACCCGUUGCGGAAUUUAAUGUUCUUUAGCGAGGAGGUACGUCAAAUUGUGGCUGGUGUUUCGCAGGUGCCGGUAGCCAUCUCCUCAGUUCUUGGCGCUAUUGUUAAGAUCGAAGGAUCUACUAUAUGGCAUGUUUUCUUGCCGGACGCAGACGUUGAAGAUCCCAUACAUGCUGCGCUAC